CCCCUCCAACGACAUCAUUUUCACGAUACUUUGUCACCGACACCCACGGCGCGUCACUUUGCACAAGACUCCUACAUAUUUCCACGCGUCAUAUCAUACAUGGUUGUGAUCGCAACGCUUCCGCGACCCUGAAUAUACCCAUAUCGUCGACCUCACCAUGUCGCAUUCCUGGCUGUCGCGUCAGCGCAAACAGAAUCUGCUAGAUCUUUCCGCAGAGGCCGGACUCCCCCAAAAUAAAGAUACGCUCAAAGAUGACAUCGUGGAAGCUCUGGACGCGCACCUGCGCCUCAACGCCGCCCGGUUCUCCUCCAACUCGAACUUCGCAGGCUAUUUCAACGGCCGCUCCAGCACGCCAUUCAAGUCGCGCCAGAGCCUUGCCGCGACCGGCGACGUCCCUUCCGGCGACGAUGCCUCCACAGCAACCCACAAGCCCGCCUCGAAGCCGCGCGCUCGUAAGCCAACCAAGAUCAAAUCCGAGGCUGAAUCAGACGAGGUCUCGCCUUCGUCGCCGGUGCAAGCGGCCACCAGCGCCCUCGCCCAGACCGCGACCAAGAUGACGACGAUGAUGCACGAAUUCUCCGCCUCGCCCGUCACGACCGCCAGCGCCGCUCUCCAGACCGUCACCGCGCCCUUGACCGACAUCAUCGCGCCCACCACCACCACGACCACCACCAGCGACCGCAACACCUCCCCAUCCGCCGCGACCCGCACCCCCGCGGCCCGCCGUCGCUCGGAACUCCCCGGCCCGCCGUCGCCGUCCGUCGUCGCCGACGUCGUCGAGCAAGAAGCCCGGCGCCUCCAAGCCGGCGUGGACGAGUUCUACCGCGGCACCGGCGUGGCCGAGGGCAUCGCGUACCUGCGCGAGACGUGCUCGAGCGUGGUGGCGGUGCAGACGACCUUCCUCCUGCUCGAGGCGUACGCGCUGCAGCGCCACCUGAUGCCGUGGAACUACGCGUUCGACCUGCCCGGGGUGGCCGCGCUGGGGGUCGGCCCGACGGCGGUGUUCCUCCCCGAUCUCUUCGUCAUCCUGACGGGCUACUACUGGUCAGCGACGCUGACGUGGGCGGCGACGAGCCUGCUGGUCCCGGGCGUGUUGGGGUACUUCUACAACCUGACGCUGCGCGAGGCGCGGCGGGGCGGAGGGGCGGGCGGCGUGGCCCGGUACACGACGGAUCCGCUGAGUUUCAACAUCGCCAAAGCCCUGGCGACGUGGUUGGUGUAUGUGCAGGGCCUGGGUUUCGGGGCGAUCAGCCCGGCGGUGGCGGAGCGCGUGGACGGUGCGAUCUACGGCGGUUCGACGGCGGUGCUCAUCGGUUCGGGGAUCGGGAUCCUCGCUGCGUUGUAUGAUGCUGCGCAGAGGAAAUAGAUCUGCGUUCUGUUCUUCCUUUUGAUUCAUCGGCGCUUGAGCUGUGGACCGGAUGGGAUUUGCCACGAUGACGAUGAUGAUUCAGAUGUGCAGGGAGGAAGGAAGGGGGGGAGAGUUCCGGAUGUUUGGAGGAUACCCAAUGUUUUCUGGAUUUUGGAAUUUAUCGUCGGACCGUUGUUAUGCUGCUGCAUGGGAUGGGUUUCCCCUCUCACAGACGAGGCGAAUCCGGUGUGCGCGCUUUGCAAUUAAUGACUUUUGUUUCGAACAUGUUUUUAUUCUCCUUCUCCUAUUGUGCUCAUCGUCAACUCACAGCUUCGCAGCAUCGGAGAAAGUGAACAGAUUCCUUCCCGAGUCCUUCUCCGUUGAGACGAAUCCACCCCGUCCAAUCGGCUCCACCUCCUGACUACACAACUCCUUCAACGUCCGCUCGUCAGCAUGAUUCGCGAUGAAACGGAAUCCAUUCGCUUUCAGCCGGCCGACGACAAAGGC